CCCGGCCGCGCACAGAGCUCCCCCCGCCCGCGAACUUGGCCAUUCAGCCGCUGCGGUCCCCGCCGCGCGCCCUCGCGCCUCUGCCUGAGAAGCCAGGCGCUGUCCCUCCGCCCCAGAAGAAGAUGGCAAAGGUGGCUAGGGACCUCAACCCAGGAGUUCAAAAGAUGUCCCUGGGCCAACUGCAGUCAGCAAAAGGUGUGGCAUGUUUGAGAUGCAAGGGGACGUGUGCGGGCUUCGAGCCACAUUCAUGGAGGAAAAUAUGCAAGUCCUGCAAAUGCAGCCAAGAGGACCACUGCCUAAGCUCCGACCUAGAAGAUGAUCGGAAAAUUGGCCGCUUGCUGAUGGACUCCAAGUAUUCCACCCUCACUGCCCGGGUGAAAGGCGGGGACGGCAUUCGGAUUUACAAGAGGAACCGGAUGAUCAUGACCAACCCCAUUGCCACUGGGAAAGAUCCCACCUUUGACACCAUCACCUAUGAGUGGGCUCCCCCUGGGGUCACGCAGAAACUGGGCCUGCAGUACAUGGAGCUCAUCCCCAAGGAGAAACAGCCAGUGACAGGCACCGAGGGUGCCUACUACCGCCGGCGCCAGCUCAUGCACCAGCUUCCCAUCUAUGACCAAGACCCCUCUCGCUGCCGCGGACUUUUGGAGAAUGAGUUGAAAGUGAUGGAAGAAUUUGUCAAGCAAUAUAAGAGCGAGGCUCUCGGUGUGGGAGAAGUGGCCCUUCCGGGGCAAGGUGGCUUGCCUAAGGAGGAAGGGAAGCAGCAGGACAAGCCAGAGAAUGCAGAGACUGCUGCCCCUACCACCAACGGCAGCCUCGGCGACCCAACUAAAGAAAUGGAAUACGUCUGUGAGCUCUGCAAGGGAGUGGCCCCUACUGACAGCCCCGUGGUCUACUCGGACAGGGCGGGCUACAACAAGCAGUGGCAUCCCACCUGCUUUGUGUGUGUCAAGUGCUCCGAGCCGCUGGUGGACCUCAUCUACUUCUGGAAGAACGGUGCGCCCUGGUGCGGCCGCCAUUACUGCGAGAGCCUGCGGCCCCGGUGCUCUGGCUGCGAUGAGAUAAUAUUCUCUGAGGACUACCAGCGUGUGGAAGACCUGGCCUGGCACCGAAAGCACUUUGUCUGUGAAGGCUGUGAGCAGCUGCUCAGUGGCCGAGCGUACAUUGUCACCAAGGGGCAGCUUCUGUGCCCAACUUGCAGCAAGUCCAAACGCUCCUGAAGGGCUGCCCACCCACAACCAAAAUCCCCAGGAUCCCACCAGGAAAGCCAGGUUCUGAGGCCAUCCUAAGGGUCUGAUGUGACAGCCAGCAACAAUGUAAACAGUGCUUUUAUUUUUUCCCAGUGGAAAUAUAUAUGCAUAUUUUCUAGGUUGGGUGGUGGUAGAUCCUUGAAGGUCAGUAGUUUCGAAACCAGAAAUGUUUUAAGAAGUCUUAGGAUGGAGCUCUUGUUUUUGUCGUUGUUUCCCAGCUACAACCAAUCAAUGGCACCAAUGACCUCCUGCAAGGGAGCUCUAGGAGGAAUUUCCCAGGAUGCAAUUCUGAGUGAUCCAAUCACAUAGCUGUAGAACGUGCGUGCUUGCUUUUCUGUGGACAUGGGAGCUCCUCCAAGAGCAGGCUGGGAUCCUAACUAUCGCUUGUUGCCUCUUUUUCAAGUGGAAUUUGAAUUUUAAAUAAACAACUUUUUUGGCAUGAUAAACAUAUCAAUAAAAGUUUUGUGAAUUCCACAUA